AUGACGAAAGAUGGAAACACAACCAGAGUUGUCAAUGCCGACAACACUGCUGGUACCAUCACCAUAGUUCAAUUCAACCCCGCUUCCCAACUACCUAUCAAACUUAGUGGAAGUCACAAUUUUGCUACUUGGAAAGCUCAGUUCUCCAUGCUUAUGCAUGGUCAUGACCUCUAUGGUCAUCUUGAUGGUUCCACCCCAGCCCCCAUUCCGACCACCACUUUUGGAACCAACACCACCCCUAAUCCUACUUACACACUUUGGUUCCGUCAGGAUCAACUUAUUCAAAACGCCCUUAUGGCUUCCGUUGACCCUACCAUAGCCUUCACAGUUGUCGCUGCUAACACAUCAAAACAGGCCUGGGACUCUUUGCACACUGCCUACGCAAACAAGUCCCAGACCCGAAUCUUCAGUCUUCGUGAUCAACUUGGCCGAAUAACCAAAGACACCACUCCUAUCACCGAGUACCUUCAAUAUAUUCGGUCCCUUUCAGAUGAACUUGCUACUGCUGGUGCCCCUGUCACUAAUUCCGAACUCAUAGUCAAAAUCCUUAGUGGACUUGGACCUGAGUUUAGUGAGAUCUCGGCUGCCAUACGGGCACGUGACACUAUAGUUACCUAUGAAGAACUAUAUGAAAAAGUUGCUUGA